CUAUCUCUUGCUUCAUCUCAGACAGUGGUGAACAUUCUGCAGAAGUUGUUGCAGAAGACAAACAGAAGAAGUGAUUCUUUUUUUUUUUAUUAUCAUUUCUUCAAUAUGGAAAACCCAAUUCCAAAACCUGUUAUUGGGAUUCCUAUCGGCUCUGCAGCACAGCCGGUUGAGGGUUCAUCAAAAGAAUACUCGGUCGUUCCUGCUAGCCAAUACCAUAUUCCCUCUCCUGCAAAUCAGCCUUCUUCUACACCAAAACAAAGUAGAACAUAUACUGUGCUUAGUAUGAUGAAUAAAUUUGUAAAGAAAGCAGACAAUUUAGCACAUGGAGUUCGAGAGCAUGUGAGACUGGGGCCCAAGAUCAGUGAAACUGUGAAGGGAAAGUUGAGCUUGGGAGCUAGAGUUCUUCAAGUAGGUGGAAUGGAUAAAAUAUUCAGACAAUUAUUUAGUGUUAGAGAAGGAGAAAAACUGUUGAAGGCCUCCCAAUGUUAUAUAUCAACCACAGCUGGUCCUAUAGCAGGUCUCCUCUUUAUCUCCGCCGACAAGGUUGCCUUUUGCAGUGAGAGAUCAAUCAAAAUUUCUUCUCCAAAAGGAGAAAUGUUUAGAGCCCAUUACAAGGUUAUUAUUCCGCUUAACAAGAUAAAGAGAGUCAAUCAAAGUGAGAAUGUAAAGAAGCCAUCGCAGAAGUACAUAGAAAUAUUAACUGUGGAUGAUUUUGACUUCUGGUUCAUGGGUUUCCUAAAUUAUCAGAAAGCUUUGAAAUCUAUUCAGCAGGCAAUCUCUCAUGCUUAGAAAUAAUACAAGUCACUCGAAUGUGCCUUAAAAACAACUAUUUCUCCCUGUUUUUUCAGUUAAUGUAUUACAUGAAUUAGGCAGAUGUGAAGGAAGUUAAAGACAUUGUAUAUAAUUACUUAAUGAGAAGAUGGUUUUUGAUUCUUCAA